AUGUCUCCGAUACGACAUGAGAUUUUGAAGCGGAGUGGCGCGAGUCCGGAGCUAUUGGCGAGCGGUCGCGGAAGACAGAUAACGGCUACCGAAAUGCAGGAACUGCUUCUUUUGCAUCAGGGCAGAGACGCCUCGCUCGCGGAAAUCAAGCAUGUGGGACGCGCACCCAAGGAGCAGGAACAGGACGAGGACUCAGAAAUGCCAUCGCCCUAGAAGAUGGCGGAGAAAUUGAUGCUCUAUACUUCGUUUUAGUAGUAGAGGUGUUUUACAAUACGGCUAGAAAAAAGAUUCUGUAGUUGUUCCUUGUCCCGGAGAAGUCUGCUUGUUCGGGUGCUGUUUUAGAAGCCUUCAAGGGGGGGGGUUGGCUUCUUCAUAGCCUGUGCUUUUUUGGAAAACAAGUAACUUUGACUAAACUUAAUGCUGUAGUUGUUCCUGUAGAGCGUCCAUAUUCAUAGGCAAAUACAAAAUCAACACGCAUGAUUUCUGACAUUGAUAUGAUCAUGGAUUCAAGAAAGUUAAGAAUCAUCAUGACAAAUUUUUGAUAACUGUCGUGUACCUGAAAAAUGUGCAUUACCUACUAGGCUCACGAUCGCUAGCAGCUUCAGCCAUUUCACUGGGAGCGUGGUGGUGGCAUCUGCUGAUUAUUCGAAAGAAAAAGGAAAACUACUUAUACCAUAGCUAAUUAUAACUAAAACAUCUAGAUGAAGUACCUGAAAUUGAUGAUCUUUGUAGCUUUCGCGUAUUCCAUCAUCACCAUUAUAGCUUUGUUACAUACUAAUGCGAUGUCAAUAUCAUGAACAAGAGAUAACGGGGAGUAUUGACCACGUGCCACGAAGACACUGACACGAAAAUAGAAAAUACUAUUUAUGCACCUGCUUACCUAAACGAGCCGAAGAAGGUAGAAGUUACUAAAUUUUGCUGACUGAAUUUUCGUAUUCCUUUCCAUUUCUUCGCCAUCUGAUCAUAAAUGAGUUUAUCAAACCUACAAUGACUUGUCAUAACAAAAUUAAAUCGAUGAAAUUAAAUCCGAAUUAUCACUUAUAACCACCUUUGCUACAACGGUUGUUAGUUGUAGCAACACAAGUCAGUGGUUAGUUGUUAGUUGUAGAUGGUGGUGCGCAGCUAAUGCACGAAUAUGCUAAGGUACUUCAACUUCUAGUCAUACCUUCCUAAAUCAUGUCGGGCUAACAUAAAGGUAAACAUGCUUCAUCGCCUAAAUACAUAGUUGCAAUCUUGCAAGGCCGAGCCCGGGAGUGUCAUAUACAAUUCGUAGCUCUAAAGAGCGCAGGUUCCAUUUCUCGAAUACGAAUAGUCCUACAAGAUGACGAGCAAGGAGAAACGUGCUUUUCUUGUGCUAUCAUGUAAUCACCGAGCCCAAGAUGCUGGGACAGCGUAGCCGUGCUAUGCAUCCUCGUGAAUAAUCGAAUCCUGGUCACCCUUGUUAAACACAGCGACAGCCCUAGAAGUUUUGUGCUUCCUUGACGAACUACACGAACACUUACUUACACUUAUUCACUCUCUUUGAUCUUGAAGAUGUGGCCAUACCAAGAAAUGGAAUUCAAAAAUCGACUUUACAAGGUGGAUGUGGAGAAAGUGUUUUAGAUGGUCCUCCGGACAUUAGUUAACUUCCAUUCUUGG